CGCCUAGAAUAAAGGUCGCAGGAAACCCUCUGCUCCAGCUACCGACGCCAUCUUGGCCACUACGUGUGACGCCACACGUAGCGGAACACGUAGCGGAGAGCCAGCCCAUUGGCUGAGAGAUCCGAGGAGAGGCGCGCGAAGCCGGGAGAGGAGGGUAUGGAAGAAACUACAAUCCCAGCUUUCUUUGCGCGUGCCCACCGAGAGCGAAAGAGGAGAGAGUUUGAGUUCAGACCACAAUUCCCAGCAAUCCUCGCGAUGUCUCUCGUUUGCUUUCAAAACGUGGAGGAAAAGAGGGACAGAAGAAUGGAUAUCUUCUGGUGUCCGUUCUUCGAAAGGCGGGAAAGGCGAACUACACCUCCCGACUUGCAACGCGCGGCUGCGCCUGCGCCCUGAUACCUGUCGCCAUCUUGCCCGUUCAGAGGCACCGCAAACAAACCCAAUUCCUGGUGUCCCCUAGUCUUGGCGGAGGAGCCUUUUAGAUGAGCUCAGAAAGGCCGGGCAGGGAAGAUAAGCUCUUUGGGGCUACCAAAAAGAAGCAGCAAUGCCUGUUGUGUGGCCAACACUUUUGGAUCUCAGCAGGGAUGAAUGCAAAAGGAUUCUUCGAAAAUUGGAAUUGGAGGCAUAUGCUGGAGUUAUCAGUGCACUUCGGGCACAGGGAGAUCUCACCAAGGAAAAGAAAGAUCUUCUUGGAGAACUCUCAAAAGUUCUUAGCAUCUCAACAGAACGCCACCGUGCUGAAGUUCGGAGAGCAGUAAACGAUGAGCGGUUAACAACAAUUGCACAUAAAAUGAAUUUAUCCUUAUAUUUGGGUGAAAGACCAAGUUACAGUAUGUCUGGACCUAAUAGUUCCUCAGAAUGGUCCAUUGAAGGUCGUCGAUUGGUACCCCUGAUGCCCCGGCUGGUUCCCCAAACUGCCUUCACUGUAACAGCGAAUGCUGUUGCCAAUGCGGCUGUUCAGCACAAUGCGUCUCUUCCGGUGCCUGCGGAAACAGGAAGCAAGGAAGUAGUGGUUUGCUAUUCCUACACAAGUACCACGUCAACCCCAACCUCUACCCCUGUUCCAAGUGGCAGCAUAGCAACGGUUAAGUCUCCAAGACCUGCCAGUCCUGCCUCCAAUGUAGUUGUCUUGCCAAGUGGAAGUACUGUUUAUGUCAAAAGUGUUAGCUGUUCAGAUGAAGAUGAAAAACCCAGAAAACGAAGGCGAACAAACUCUUCUAGCUCCUCCCCUGUUGUCCUUAAGGAAGUCCCAAAGGCUGUUGUUCCGGUCUCAAAGACGAUCACUGUGCCUGUGAGCGGCAGUCCCAAGAUGAGCAACAUCAUGCAGAGCAUUGCCAACUCCUUACCACCCCACAUGUCUCCUGUGAAAAUAACCUUCACCAAACCAUCAACACAGACGACAAACACAGCAACACAGAAGGUUAUUAUAGUGACCACAUCACCAAGUUCAACCUUCGUGCCCAACAUUCUCUCCAAAUCCCAUAACUAUGCAGCAGUCACUAAGCUUGUACCAACAUCAGUCAUUGCUUCCACAACCCAGAAGCCACCAGUGGUUAUAACUGCUUCACAGUCCUCUCUGGUCAGUAGUAGCAGCAGUGGCAGCAGCAGUUCUGCACCGUCACCUGUUCCUAAUACAGUUGCAGUAACAGCUGUGGUUUCUUCCACGCCAUCUGUGGUCAUGUCAACAGUAGCACAAGGUGUAUCUACAUCAGCAAUCAAAAUGGCAUCAACCAGACUUCCUUCUCCCAAAAGCUUAGUGGGUGCCCCAACUCAGAUUCUUGCACAGUUUCCUAAACAGCAUCAGCAGUCUCCUAAGCAGCAGUUACAUCAAGUGCAGCAGCAGACGCAGCAACAGGUGGCCCAGCCUGCUCCGGUGUCUCAUCAGCAGCAGCCUCAGCAGUCUCCUUUGCCACCUGGUAUCAAGCCUACCAUUCAAAUCAAGCAGGAGUCAGGUGUUAAAAUCAUCACACAACAAGUUCAACCAAGUAAAAUCUUACCCAAACCAGUGACAGCAACUCUGCCUACCAGUAGCAAUUCCCCUAUUAUGGUGGUUAGCAGUAAUGGUGCAAUUAUGACAACUAAACUGGUAACCACUCCUACUGGCACACAGGCAACCUAUACUCGGCCAACAGUGAGCCCAUCUAUAGGUCGGAUGGCUGCAACCCCUGGAGCUGCAACCUACGUGAAAACUACCAGUGGUAGCAUUAUUACAGUAGUACCCAAAUCAUUAGCUACCUUGGGGGGCAAGAUAAUUAGCAGUAAUAUAGUUUCUGGAACGACUACCAAAAUCACUACAAUCCCCAUGACUUCCAAGCCCAAUGUGAUUGUUGUGCAAAAGACUACAGGAAAAGGAACCACCAUUCAAGGCCUCCCGGGCAAAAACGUUGUCACAACGUUGCUAAAUGCUGGAGGAGAAAAGACUAUUCAGACGGUGCCAACAGGAGCAAAGCCAGCUAUUAUCACUGCUACAAGACCCAUCACCAAAAUGAUUGUAACUCAGCCAAAAGGUAUAGGUUCCACAGUUCAACCAGCAGCUAAAAUCAUCCCAACAAAAAUUGUUUAUGGGCAGCAAGGGAAAACACAGGUUCUUAUUAAACCCAAACCAGUGACGUUUCAGGCCACAGUUGUUAGUGAACAAACAAGGCAACUGGUCACAGAAACAUUACAACAAGCAUCCAGGGUGGCAGAGGCUGGUAAUUCAUCUAUUCAAGAAGGAAAGGAAGAACCACAGGGUUAUACAGAUAGUAGUUCCUCUUCUACAGAGUCCUCCCAAAGUUCCCAAGAUUCCCAGCCUGUAGUUCAUGUAAUUGCUUCCCGGCGUCAGGAUUGGUCAGAACAUGAGAUUGCAAUGGAGACUAGCCCCACCAUAAUUUAUCAGGAUGUAUCCAGUGAAUCACAAUCAGCUACUUCAACAAUCAAAGCUCUGUUAGAACUCCAACAGACAACAGUGAAGGAAAAAUUGGAAUCUAAACCAAGACAACCCACUAUUGACCUGAGUCAAAUGGCAGUGCCUAUUCAGAUGACCCAGGAAAAGAGACAUUCUCCUGAAAGUCCAUCAAUUGCGGUGGUAGAGUCAGAACUAGUUGCUGAAUACAUCACUACUGAUGCUGUGGUGAUUUCUGGAGAAAUAUCAUCACCUCCUCUAUUUUCAGUCAGCCACCGCUCCCAGCCCCAACAGCCCUCCCAGCCUCAGCGGACCCUUCUCCAGCAUGUGGCUCAGUCACAGACUGCAACACAGACAUCCGUGGUGGUGAAGUCCAUCCCAGCUUCUUCCCCGGGAGCAAUCACCCACAUAAUGCAGCAGGCAUUAAGCAGUCACACUGCUUUUACCAAACACAGCGAGGAACUUGGAACUGAGGAGGGCGAGGUUGAAGAGAUGGACACUUUAGACCCUCAGACAGGUCUGUUUUAUCGAUCUGCCCUGACUCAGUCACAGUCAGCUAAACCGCAGAAACUUAGCCAGCCACAGCUGGAACAGACUCAGCUGCAAGUGAAAACUCUGCAGUGCUUCCAGACUAAACAGAAGCAGACCAUCCACCUGCAGGCAGACCAGCUCCAGCACAAACUCCCGCAAAUGCCCCAGCUUUCCAUCAGGCAUCAGAAACUCACCCCUCUCCAGCAAGAACAAGCACAGCCCAAGCCAGAUGUACAGCACACACAGCAUCCCAUGGUGGCCAAAGACAGGCAGCUUCCUACCUUAAUGGCACAGCCCCCCCAGACUGUAGUACAGGUGCUUGCAGUGAAAACCACGCAGCAGCUCCCUAAACUGCAGCAGGCUCCGAACCAACCAAAAAUCUACGUGCAACCCCAAACCCCCCAGAGCCAAAUGCCGCUCCCAGCCUCUUCAGAGAAACAGCCGGCAAGCCAGGUGGAGCAGCCAAUUAUAACCCAAGGAUCCUCUGUUACAAAGAUAACUUUUGAGGGGCGCCAGCCUCCCACAGUUACAAAGAUAACUGGUGGCAGUUCUGUGCCUAAGUUGACAUCACCAGUUACAAGCAUAUCUCCCAUUCAGGCCUCUGAGAAGACAGCAGUGUCAGACAUUUUGAAAAUGUCUUUGAUGGAAGCUCAGAUUGAUACAAAUGUAGAGCAUUUGGUAGUGGAUCCCCCAAAGAAGGCUCUUGCCACUAGUGUGCUCACUGGUGAAGCAGGAUCAUUACCCUCCACCCAUGUGGUGGUGGCAGGGAUGGCGAAUUCCACUCCCCAGCAACAGAAAUGUAGAGAGUCCUGUUCAAGUCCAUCUGCUGUUGGCCCUCCCCUAACGACAAGGAAAAUCGAUGCACCAGGAGUGCCUGCGACAGGCCAGUUCAUGCGUAUUCAGAAUGUAGGCCAAAAGAAAGCUGAAGAGAGCCCAGCAGAAAUUAUCAUCCAGGCCAUUCCCCAGUAUGCUAUUCCUUGCCACUCCAGCUCCAACGUGGUCGUAGAGCCCAGCGGGCUCCUUGAACUGAACAAUUUCACCAGUCAGCAGUUGGAUGAUGAUGAGACGGCCAUGGAGCAGGACAUAGACAGUAGCACAGAGGAUGGAACUGAACCCAGCCCCUCUCAGAGUUCUGCUGAGCGAUCCUAGUGUUUUGGACACAGGAGUGCACUUUAAAACCUACUUGGUUACCAAGUGUCCAGGGAAGCCCUUGUAAUUUUGAUGUCUAAAGAGAGCACUUUGCCCAUGCUUAGACUGUGGACCCUGAAACAGCAGUGUUUCAACAAGAAUUGCUGCAGGAGUAGCAUUUUAAAACAAGAUAAAACUCACAGGGGAAUGUACUUUUUUUUAGAAAAAGAAAAAAGAUGCACAUCUACAGCGACAUAAGACCUGAUAUUCUUUCUCUAUUGGACCAUGGCUAAUGGAAAAGUUUGUCUUGCAGUGAAAAGAGACUUUUCCUGUGAAUGUUCCUCAACUGGUUUCUACUGAGCAAACACCAUCAAAAAAGGAGAAUGUGAAUAGUUUGUAUUUUGAAACAGUGUGUCAGGAACAGUUUUUUUUUUUUUUAAUCUUGUAUGUUUUUGCAAAUCCCUGCAAGUGCUGAAUUGGUUAACAUUUUACAUCUCCUCAGUUCAUAUUUUAUAAAAUAACUAGUUCUUUGAUACUGGCAUUAAAGAAUCCUUGUUAGAUGGUGGAAAUCAGGUCCCUCACCAGUGGGAAGUGCUUCUUUGGGUGGUUUGUACAUUCUCACCAGUUGUAUGCUAAUUUAUUGUGUUGUUGUUCCUUUGUGCUCUAGGCAGCACACUUGCUUUCUAUUUAUUUAAAUGUAAACAUUUCAAAGCAGGCCAUAUUCCUUCUGACAAAUUUCCUGUAAGCCAGGAUUGUCUACCCUUUCCACCUCCCACCCCCGCCCCCUUUCUCCUUUAAGAAAACUUAUGAGAAAAUGUUUCAUUGUGGAACAGAGGAAAAGAAAUAUUUUCUAGUCCAAAGGAAAUGUUCAGUUAAGUUCAGGAAAACAAGUUAUUCAUAUGAUGCUAUCUUAACACUGAAAUUGCACAUUCAUGUUGGACUGAGACUUUGAAAAUAACUUUUACAUACCUUUGUUUAAUCCCCUUUGAAAUGUAUAAAAAGUUAAUUUACAGUUCUAAAUGUAAUGUUUUUAAGCAUUCUACCUUUUUAGGACAUGAUUUGUUUAAGCAAUAUGUUUGGGUCUUGUGAUCACUGUCUGUCACAAGUAGAGUGAAGGGUAAGAGGGUGGGAACGGGUAAAAGUCAGUUUUGACAAGUUGUGGCAAAGGAAACUAUACUUUUCAUUUUUUAAAAAAAUGUAAAUAGAAAAGUUUUUAACGGUUUUAUAUAGAUUUCACUAUAAAUAAGCAUUUUAAGACUGACAAAUGUUGAACUGUAUAUACAUAUAUCAGCAUAACUGCCCAAUUUUUUGGUGCUGAAGUACUGUAAAGUAGAAUUCAUCAAUGGUCUCCUAAUUUUUACAUCUAUAUCUGGAAAAAAAAAAAAAAAACUGUGAUCCUAUAGUUAAUAAAUUCCCACUAGAGUGACACUGACGAUUUAAACACAGGCAUUCACAGAUGCACUGAUUUCUUGUAGUUGUCAUUAUUUCUGCUACAUGAUAAUGACUUAUACCCAUAGAUGGAGCUGUUGGGUAUUAUUUUAUUGUACAAAUUCCUGUUUAAAAGACUUUGUGAUUGUUUCUAGUUAAGUAAUUUUUUUAACCUUUUGGGUCAUAGACUUCUUUGAAAAUCUGAUGACACUUUGAACUCUCACCAAAAAGAGUGAAAACUCGCACAUGCCAAUAUACAUGUUAGGUUUUGCAAUUUUUAGGGGUUCAUGGGCCUCUAAGCCUAUCUAUGUGUUCCAGGUUAAGCCCUCUGUUAAUGGUCAGUCCAUUACUUACAGAUGUAAGUUUUUAUAAAAUAAAAUAUCUUUUAAAUAUUCGUGGAUCAGGUAACAGCAAACUUGAAUAAAGUCACUAUGUUCUA